UUUUUGGUUAAAUAUCAUUUUUGUCACUUUUUCACGCGCGGUCAAUUUCUACUACUGUAUCUAAUUUUUUGUAAGAAUAAGAAUCUGUUUUGCACAGGGACAGCCCUGAAUAUCUGUCUACUUAAAUAUUGAAACUUACUCGGUUCAUUGAAACUUAUUGUCAGUGUUUGUUCACAUUUGACUAUUCCUAGAAAAAAACUCAAAGUGGUUAACCUAAUAUAAUUUAGUUUGAGUGAAAAUGUGGCUAGAAGAAGUUGAUGAAAUACUUAAAGGAUAUUUACCAUAUUAUAUUUUAAUAGUACUGCCAAUAUUUAUUAUAAUUUCUCCAGGAAAUCCAGUUUCUGCCUCUGCUGAAUUUCCAGUGUAUCGAAUGCAGCAUUAUGAUUUACAUGGAGUUGCUCAUGGAUGUAGAAGUGCGGGUAUUAAUUUGGAGGCAAGGUCUCUCUCAAGUUGGAGCUCUCCGAGGCAUUGUGUGGUUACAAGGUUAAAAGAUUUAACUGUUGAUAAUUUUCAAAACAUUAAACUGAAGGCUGGGGCUUUGCUUAUUAUGCUACCCCAGGAUUUCUCUAAUCUGAAAGAUAAGGAAAGACAGCACUUUCUGUUGCUCGAAAAUGCGAUAACAACACAAGAAAUUUCGAUUCCAGUGUAUUUUGCUAGAUAUUCGAAGAAAUUGGAUAUAAUUGUAAAUGAAAUAUCUCAAGGCUUAGACACAAAUGAUAUGAAUAAAUCUGCAGCUGAGGCUAUGUUUAAUUCUAUUGCUGCGAAUGGGUACCAAAUAGUAGUCUCAUCGAAUAAUCCCAGUCUUAAAGCUGAUGCCAGGGUUGCGACAGUACAGGGUCACUUAUCUGGAUACAGUACUGAUGGAAAAAUACCCACUAUUGCAGUUGUUGCAUAUUAUGAUAGUUUUGGAGUAGCUCCGGAUCUCGCAUACGGAGCUGAUUCAAAUGGGUCUGGAGUUGUUAUGCUUUUAGAACUAAUUAGAUUAUUUUCUGGUCUAUAUGCAGAGGCAAAAACUCAUGGAAAAUACAAUAUAGUGUUUCUUUUGACUGGAGGUGGGAAAAUAAAUUAUCAAGGAAGUAAAAAAUGGCUUGAAGAUCAGUUGGAUUCUUUGGAUGGUUCUAUUAUUCAAGAAGCUUCGUAUGUUAUGUGCCUCGACACUUUGGCUUCAAAAGAUUCCAUCUACAUGCACGUCUCGAAACCACCAAAGGAUGGGUCACCAGCUGCGCACUUCUACAAGGAAUUAUCUGCCGCCUCCACAGAUUAUCCUUCAGUAACAGUAGACAGCGUACACAAAAAAAUUAAUUUGGCUGAAGACGUUCUAGGUUGGGAACAUGAAAGAUACAGCAUAAGAAGACUCCCUGCUUUUACUCUAUCAGCAUUAAAGUCACAUCGAGAUCUGCAAAGAGCCACGAUAUUGGAUACAAGAGAAAAUCUUGAUAUUGAAAGACUAACCAGAAGUACAAAAGUUAUCGCGGAAGCGUUAGCCCGGCAGAUAUAUAAUGUGUCGGGGGGCAAUGUUUUUGGCGAAUCUUGGGAUGUGAACAAAAGGUUUAUCGAGUCUUGGGCAGAUUAUGUAACCACUCAACCUCGUUCUCCGCAGUUAUUGAGCAAUAAAGACAACGUGUUAGUGAAUACCUUUAAAGACACAUUCAACAAAUACCUCAGAGAUGUUAAAAUAUCUUAUGCAGUUCCUGAGAAAAGAGACCCAGACUUUCAGUUUUAUGAAGUUUCUAGAGGAACAAUGAAUGUAUAUAGUGUGAAACCAGCAGUAUUUGAUCUCGUCUUAACCUUAGCAAUAAUUUUGUAUCUAGGAACAAUUUACUUCUUCAUAGACUAUUUCCCAUUAUUGUAUAGAUUUGCAUGUUCUUUAACCGCAAAUAAGAAAGUUAAAGUAAAUUAAAAAUCCAGUCUUCCUAUGCCAAAUGAUGCCACCAAAUAUAAUUCAUUUCCAUUUCUUAAAGUAUCAAAAGUAUUUAGUUUGUUAGUAUGUUGUUAGUAUUAUACGUGGAUAAUUUUUAAAGUUAAUUUUGUUUGUUAAAUUUAUAAAUUUAUUAAUAAAUUAGAUCAAAUCA